AUGGCAUCAAAGCUUAAAAUCUUCAUGUUACUUGCAGUUGUUUGUGCCACUCUCAACCUAUCAAUGGCUGGAGAUCCCGACAUCCUCACGGACUUCGUCGUGCCUUCUAAUCUAGGCGGCCCUCUUGACGGAAACUUCUUCACAUUCACCGGAAUGAGAGCUCUUGUCGGGACACCUUUUCCCACAACAUUUAAGGUAUUAAAAGCAAGCAUGGCUGAAUUCCCGGCCCUUAACGGGCAGAGCGUUUCUUAUGCAGUUCUCCAGUUUCCGGCAGGCACGGUUAACCCGCCCCACACCCAUCCUCGGGCAUCCGAGCUAUUGUUUGUCCUCAUGGGUUCAUUAGAGGUUGGGUUUGUUGACACCACUAAUAAACUGUUCACACAGACGCUGAAACAAGGCGAUAUCUUUGUGUUCCCCAAGGGACUCGUUCACUUCCAGUUCAACAACGAUGCCAAGAAUCCGGCUCUGGCCCUCUCGGCAUUUGGCAGUGCAAAUGCGGGAACUGUGUCAGUUCCUAAUUCGGUUUUCAAUACCACCAUCGAUAACCAGAUCUUGGCGUUGUCAUUCAAAACCGACCUUGCCACCAUUCAGAAGAUAAAAGCCGGACUUUCCGGCAAAAUUUAG